AUAGUGACUGGGUUACUAAAAUUAUGUUAUCUCCUCAGAUAUUACUCACUGACCAUCAUCGAGAUCGCAUGCGCAUUGGGUUUGACAUGCUGGGUUUUACGGUUUCAUCAUUACAACACAUCGGUUGGAAAAGUUCCUAACUGGGUCAGGGUUUACAUUCUUGGUUAUAUCGCCAGAGCAGUGCUAUAUAAAGUCCCGGAUGGAAGCUCCUCGGUGAACGGCAGUGUUGAAGUUCAAGGCAACCGAGAUACCGCUGUCAGCGACAAUGACGGCUCAUUUGCUCGCCGGCGCCUUCCCAGAGAGCCUAGUGGUAUCACCAUGAUGGCGGAGAGAGUGUCGAAGAAGCAAGAAGAGGAAACUGUACAAGACGAAUGGCAGCUGGCCGCGCGGGUUAUCAACCGGUUUUUCUUAGUAGGCUACCUCGUCGCCGUUUUCCUUUCCAUAUCUGUCAUCUUCCUGCAAGUUCCCGGGGUUCUAGUCACCAGGCCCUCGCCGCCAACCUCUGACGAGGAGUAAUCUGUCAUGUCAAUCCGGAACAAGCCGUGGUUGUGAACGCUCCUCGGAAGCUUCAACUCAACACUAAAAGAUCACUGAAAAAUUUGAUUGGUUAAAUUCCUCUUUUUAAAUUAAAGGCUUAUUAGUUCUAAGGGUCUUUUCUAUCGUGUCAGGGCUCACGUCCAAGUACCAAGUGUGCGUAACUCUAGCCUUCUGUGACAUACAUCCGUGGCAAUCUUUCAACGUAAGACUAAAAAUAACAGAUUAUUUUACCCUCGUUAUUGCUGAUUGUUUAUAAGUUCGAGUUCCUGAGAAACAUACAAAAAUUCACGCUUUGAUGGGUAUAUAUUUAAGAAUGUAUUUUACCAACUUCAAUAAUUCAUAGUACUAAUAGCUGGAAUUGAUUCAACUCUCAGACAACAGCAAAAACAUAAAUUGUACUGAACUCUUUGACAGAGAACAUGUCUAUAUUCUAUUCGCGGCUCACUUUAAAAAAGGUAUCCUUAAAGUACCGUGAUGUGUGGCCUUUUGGAAAUGAAGCGCCGUAAGUGGAACCAAAACAAUAUGAUUUUCACUUUCUGAAUAUCCUGCGGGACAGAGAUUCUCAUUUCUUUCUGCUCGGUGAGAGAUCAGACGAGAGGAAAUCUUUUAGGUUCCCUCUCGUCUUUCAUAACGCAGAAAGAGAAGGGAUUCUCUGUCUUGCAAGAUACUUUCUAAAAGGGUGAACUAUCAUUAUCUCAGCCGAGAGAGUACCCCAGGGGUAUUUCUAGCCGUUAGUUAAGAGACUGCAUUGGGAAAUACUAAAAUAAUAAAUAUAUAUAUGUCUACUUGCUGAUCCUUUAUCAUAUUCCUGUCGUAAUACCAUGCCCACUUUGUUUCCAAAGGACUCGUCUUCCUUAAUCAGCUCAGGCACGACUUUUAGAGUUAUUUCGGCCACGGUGACUCACAAAAUGAUCUUGAAGGUGAAGGAAACCUGAAAAUAAUAGUUCACUUAGACAGAAAUAAAAUCAAAGAGAUAAUUAAUAAAUCUUAAAGAAACAAGGAUGGUUAAGGAUGGAGAGGAUUCUAUAAAUUAAUAUGCGAUUACAAAGGACGAACUUUGGAUAGGCUCGUUCAAUAAAGUACGAGGAAGCUUAAGUCCAUGUUUUCAAUGUAUUCUCAGGCUGGUAAAGAGUCUUAUAGUUUGCACAUAGGUUGUACAUUAAUCGAGAUCAAAAAUAACAUGAGCCAACAACUUGAGCCACGAGGUAGAUGAGGAUGUGAACAAAACUGCGCAUGGGCAGAUAUGCAAAUUAUAUGCUAAUAGUAUGUUAAUUCAAGCGUGUCUAAACUUGAAAAAUUUGGGCCAGACUUUUCAUGAUAAACAAACCGUGACGUAGUCCCUUUAAUCGCCAGCGUUGGUCUAAUCUCAUCUUUCCUGAACAACUUUUCAGGAAAUGAGAUUUCGGAAGCCGAAAGCACAUUAUGUCCCGCUGGUUUCCGAGGAGGCUUUACAUCCGAUAUCACUUUUUGAAUAGUGAAGACAAAACAC